CUGGAGAGAAGAGGAGGUGGUGGUGCGGCCAGUGACUUGGGGAGCAUCUUAGCUUAUUUCUGGGUGUUUCCAUUCGCUUGCUAUGGCAUUGUUCAAGUACCCACUGGACCAUGGUUUUGCAGGAAAUGUGAAUCUCAGGAGAGAGCAGCCAGAGUGAGAUGUGAACUGUGUCCUCAUAAGGAUGGAGCUUUAAAAAGAACAGAUAAUGGGGGUUGGGCUCAUGUGGUUUGUGCCCUGUAUAUUCCAGAGGUACAGUUUGCCAAUGUUUCUACAAUGGAACCAAUUGUUUUACAGUCUGUUCCACAUGAUCGUUACAAUAAGACUUGCUACAUUUGUGAUGAACAAGGACGAGAAAGCAAAGCAGCUACCGGUGCUUGCAUGACAUGUAAUAAACACGGAUGUCGGCAGGCUUUCCACGUGACGUGUGCUCAGUUUGCUGGACUACUUUGUGAAGAAGAAGGUAAUGGUGCAGAUAAUGUCCAAUACUGUGGCUACUGUAAAUACCAUUUUAGCAAGCUGAAAAAGAGCAAACGGGGAUCUAAUAGGUCAUAUGAUCAAAGUUUAAGUGAUUCUUCCUCUCACUCUCAGGAUAAACAUCAUGAGAAAGAGAAAAAAAAAUAUAAAGAAAAGGACAAACACAAACAAAAACACAAGAAGCAACCAGAGCCAUCACCUGCGUUGGUUCCUUCUUUGACUGUUACCACAGAAAAAACUUAUACAAGCACUAGCAGCAACUCUAUAUCUGGAUCAUUGAAGCGUUUGGAAGAUACUGCAGCUCGAUUUACAAAUGCAAACUUCCAGGAAGUCUCUGCGCACACAACUAGUGGAAAAGAUGUUUCAGAGGCUAGAGGGUCAGAGGGAAAAGGGAAGAAAUCUUCAGCUCACAGCUCAGGUCAAAGGGGAAGAAAGCCUGGUGGCCGAAAUCCAGGAACGACUGUGUCAGCAGCUAGUCCUUUCCAGCAAGGUAUUAAUUAUGAUGUUUUAGUUAACAUAAUUGUUCUUGCGAUGAUCAUAAUUGAAAAAGAGGAAGUUCUCCCAGUUAUUCAGAUUAACAGUAGUAGUCUUGUCAAACUCUCUUUGAGAAUUGCUGUUCUUCAGUCCUUCCUCCAGCAUACACAGGUAUUUGGGGAAACACUGAGGAAUGUUGCCAUAGCAAAAGAAAUUUCCAUGCAGUAUCGGCAUGAUGGAGCUUGUCCAACAGCUACUUUCUCAGAGUUGCUGAAUGCAAUACACAAUGACAGAGAUGACAGUUCUACACUAACAAAGCAGGAACUUAAAUUCAUAGGUAUUUAUAACAGCAAUGAUGUAGCAGUAUCCUUUCCAAAUGUAGUAUCUGGCUCAGGAUCUAGUACUCCUGUCUCCAGUUCUCAUUUACCUCAGCAAUCUUCUGGGCAUUUGCAACAAGUGGGAGCUCUCUCCCCAUCAGCAGCAUCAUCUGCAGCCCCAGCUGUUGCUACAACUCAGGCAAAUACCCUAUCUGGAUCUUCUCUUAGUCAGGCACCAUCUCAUAUGUAUGGCAAUAGAUUAAAUCCAAAUUCAUCAAUGGCAGCUCUUAUAGUUCAGUCUGAAAACAGUCAAACAGAUCAAGAUCUCGGAGACAAUGGCCGCAGCCUUGCUGGCAGAGGAAGCUCACCCCGAGGAAGUCUCUCACCGCGAUCUCCUGUAAGCAGCUUACAGAUUCGCUAUGAUCAACCAGUCAACAGCAGUUUGGAAAAUCUGCCUCCAGUAGCAGCCAGCAUAGAACAGCUUUUGGAGAGGCAGUGGAGUGAAGGACAGCAGUUUUUAUUAGAACAGGGUACUCCUAGUGACAUUUUAGGAAUGCUGAAGUCAUUACAUCAACUUCAAGUUGAAAAUCGAAGAUUAGAAGAACAGAUUAAAAACUUGACAGCCAAAAAAGAACGUCUUCAGUUACUGAAUGCACAGCUCUCAGUGCCUUUUCCAACAAUAACGACAAAUCCUAGCCCAUCUCAUCAAAUGCAUGCAUUUUCAGCACAGAAUGCUCCUACUACUGAUUCCUUGAACAGCAGUAAGAGCCCUCAUCUGGGAAACAGCUUUUUACCUGAUAAUUCUCUUCCUGUGUUAAAUCAGGACUUGACCUCCAGUGGACAGAGCACCAGCAGCUCUUCUGCUCUUUCUACCCCACCUCCCGCUGGGCAGAGUCCAGCGCAGCCGGGCUCAGGCGUUAGCGGAGUUCAGCAGGUCAAUGGUGUGACAGUGGGGGCACUGGCUGGUGGAAUGCAGACUGUAACAUCCACCAUUCCUGCAGUGCCUGGAGUGGGUGGAAUAAUUGGAGCUUUGCCAGGUAACCAACUGGCAAUUAAUGGCAUUGUAGGAGCUUUAAAUGGGGUUAUUCAGACCCCUGUCACAAUAUCACAGAACCCUACCCCCCUCACCCACACCACUGUACCACCUAAUGCAACACAUCCAAUGCCAGCCACACUGACUAACAGUGCCUCAGGACUAGGAUUACUUUCUGACCAGCAAAGACAGAUAUAUCUUCACCAACAGCAGUUUCAGCAGUUGUUAAAUUCUCAGCAGCUCACGCCAGAACAACAUCAGGCCCUUCUGUAUCAGUUGAUGCAACAGCACCACCACCAGCAGCACCACCAGCCUGAGCUACAGCAGCUCCAGAUGCCUGGGCCCACGCAAAUACCGAUCAACAACCUGCUCGCGGGCACCCAGGCGCCGCCGCUUCACCCCGCGACCACCAACCCCUUCCUCACCAUCCACGGCGACGGUGCAAGUCAGAAAGUAACGAGACUUAGUGAUAAAACUGGGCCUGUCACUCAAGAGAAAAGUUGA